AUGAUAAAUGUGGUGGAAGAUGAAGUCACAAGUAUCAAAGAACUCUUAAAAGAGCAAUUGGAGAAGAAAAAGUACAGGGGUGUGGUUUCUUGUUUUGUCCACAGGAACCAAGAAAACCAGAGUGCUGAAGCCACUUUCAUUCUCUUGGGCUUCUCAGAAUACCCACAACUCCAGAUGCCGCUUUUCCUGAUAUUCCUGACAAUCUACACAGUCACGGUGCUGGGAAAUCUGGGCAUGAUCGUGAUCACCAAGGUCAAUCCUAAACUCCACACCCCCAUGUACUACUUCCUCAGCCAUCUGUCCUUUGUUGAUUUCUGUUACUCUACAACAGUUACACCCAAACUAUUAGAAAACUUAGUUGUGGAAGACAGAACCGUCUCUUUCACAGCAUGCAUCAUGCAAUUCUUCUCUGCAUGCAUAUUCGUGGUGACAGAAACAUUCAUGUUGGCAGUGAUGGCCUAUGACAGAUUUGUGGCUAUUUGUAACCCUCUUCUCUACAUGGUUGUCAUGUCUCAGAAGCUUUGUUCCUUGUUGGUGGGUGCAUCGUACUCCUGGGGUAUAGUCUGUUCUCUGACUCUUACCUACUUUCUAUUGAAAUUAUCCUUCCGAGGAAAUAGUAUCAUAAAUAACUUUGUCUGUGAGCAUGCCGCCAUCAUCUCUGUGUCCCGCUCUGACCCCUACAUCAGCCAGAAGAUCAUUUUAGUCUCUGCCACAUUCAAUGAAGUAAGCAGCUUGAUGAUCAUUCUUACCUCCUAUGUUUUCAUUUUUAUCACUGUCAUGAAGAUGCCUUCAACGGGGGGACGUCACAAAGCCUUCUCCACGUGUACCUCCCACCUGACCGCUAUUACAAUCUUCCAUGGGACCAUCCUCUUCCUCUAUUGUGUUCCUGACACCAAAAGUUCAUGGCUCAUGGUCAAGGUGGCUUCUGUGUUUUACACCGUGGUCAUCCCCAUGCUGAACCCACUGAUCUACAGCUUCAGGAACAAAGACGUGAAGGAGACAGUCAAGAAGUUAAACAGCGUUGAAUUGUUCUGUGAUAAAAUGUAA